CGAACUAUCUCACUACCUAGUAUAUACUUCCUUAGCCUCUUUGCGGUUCCUACAGCGAAAGAGGCACUGGUGAAGCUAGAUAGGAAGAGGCCUUCUCGAAGCAAGAACUGUGCUACAACUACUCUUGCUGUUUAUACCAACCAGCAGAAACUGUCUUUCCUUCUUGAGGAGCAACCCUUAGUCUCCUCUCCUUCCCCUAUUUUCGCUUAGUAAACAUCUCUUAU